AUGCACGAAUCCGGAUUUUCCGACGACAAGUUUGACGAAGCGCGAUCGUUUGAUAAUCGCAUAUAUGCUGAUGUUGCGUUCAUGGGAAACAUGCAACCAGAUACAGAGACAGGGGAUGGCAACGGGAAAUCAACCGCAAAGAAUGGCCGUUUUCCCUGGUCGAACCCUGAUCUACUGCAGCGCCAAAUAAAUAGCCGGCAACAAGGCAUUGGACGGCAGCGGUAUCCUAUCGUAAGCUGGAUCUUGGCGGUCGGUGUUCUCGCUGCAUUUAUUGCAGAGCUGAUCCUGUCAAAGCAAAAGACUGGCCAAGCUGUACAGACCAAACCACACUUACAGCCCAUGAUUGGCCCCCCUCCGGAAUUCCUUAUUUCGUUCGGCGCGCGCUUCGUUCCCUGUAUGCGUAAAAUACCCGGCCUUUCCGUCAACAAUGAGCUUCCCUGUCUGGAGUAUACUACUUCGGAUUCGCAAUUUUUCAAGCCUUCGCAACUGUGUUCGCUUGCCGAAAUUUGUGGUUUAAAGGAUCCACAGAACCCCAAUCAGGCUUACCGCUUUGUUUCCGCCAUGUUUAUCCACUCUGGUUUUAUCCACAUCCUCUUUAACUUGAUUGUGCUCCUGACGCUUUGCUGUCAAAUUGAGAAACUGAUCGGGUCGCUGGCCUACUUGAUCGUUUUUUUUGCGGGCGGUAUUGGCGGCAAUCUGCUUGGCGGCAACUUUGGACUCAUCGGCCAGCCGGCAGUAGGUGCCUCUGGCUCUAUCUACGCGUGCAUUAGCCUGGAGAUUGUGGAUCUCAUGUACAAUGCAAAAUACGAAGCGAACGCAAAGACACGUGCGAUCGUAUCCAUUGUUUUUGCGAUCAUCGGCUUGGGCUUGGGCCUUUUGCCGGGUAUUGACAAUUUCUCGCACAUUGGCGGCUUUUGUCUCGGCAUCCUCGGUGGGCUUUUUUUUGCACCAUCGAUUCAUGCGACGCGAAAACACAUGAUCAUUACAUGGGUGCUCCGCCUUCUUGCGCUGGCAUUGCUCAUUGCCUAUUUCGUUUCUCUGCCACUCAAUUUCUACCAGAGCGACGACCCCACAAACACCUGCCACUGGUGCCGCUAUCUUUCAUGCCUGCCCGUGUUUGAAUCGUGCAAUGGUUUUGGUACGUAA